AUGGGAGGAGAUUACAGAUCCAAGUCCUAUAGUGAUAACAGGAUGCAGAUAGAAAAAUAUUAUGGACCCCCUCCCACCACCAGGCCUAAUGAUUUCAGGUCAUAUACUGCUUCCAAUGCGGCGGCGGCACCACCACCAUCAAAAAUAAAUGACUGGAAAAUCAAGAAAGGCAGUGGAAAAUCUUGGAGUUUCAAUGACCCUGAAUUCCAGAGGAAGAAAAGGGUGGCUAGUUACAAAGUCUACUCUGCUGAAGGCAAAGUCAAAGGGUCCUUCAAGAAGAGUUUUAGGUGGAUUAAAUAUAAGUACACCCAAGUUGUCUACGGAUGGUGGUAA